AUGAACCUGGGCUACCCCUGUAACCACAUGAUGAUCCUGUGCUGUAAUGGAGAAGAGCAGCUCAUCCCACCGGAUAUAAAGAUCCCAGCAAACCAGAACCAACACCCAAGCCAGACAAGGAUAUUGAUGAAUGCGCUCUGAACACACACAACUGCGCUAGAAGCGAGCGCUGCGUCAACACGGUCGGAUCAUUUGUAUGUGUGCCGGAGGUGAUGUGCCAGUCCGGGUUCCUCCUGGAAGAGGGAGUGUGCCAAGAUGUUAACGAAUGUGCGGCGAGCCCCGCCCCCUGCAAGCCUGGCUUCACUUGCGUCAACACCCUGGGAUCGUACGUGUGCCAGAGAAAACACCUCAACUGCAACCGAGGAUACCGACCCAACGAGAACGGCACCAUGUGCAUCGAUUUUGACGAGUGCAGCGCUGGGAUCCACAACUGCUCCUCCGAACAGACCUGCACCAAUGUACCCGGAUCAUAUCGCUGUAACUGUAAGGCCGGCUAUCGCUACGACACAUUCAGGAGGGCGUGUAUCGAUAUAAAUGAAUGCUGGACCUACCCGGGGCGCCUGUGUCACCACACCUGUGAGAACACGGUGGGCUCUUAUCGCUGUUCUUGUUUUGCGGGAUUCCGCUUGUCCCAGGACGGGCGACACUGUGAAGAUGUGAAUGAGUGUGAUCAGAACCCGUGCAACCAGGAGUGCACCAACAUCUACGGCUCG